AUGGCUGAUGAAAAUCAGUGUCGGAUUACAACGUCAAAUAAUACUACAUGUACCACCAAUCAUGAAAUAUCGAAAGAACAGCAAAUUGCUUAUGGCUCGGCUCCAGUAAUAUACCAACCGUACAGUUUGCCUCAAUCUUAUGUAUGUGUUCAACCUACACCAAAUAGUCAAAUCGUUAAUCAUUAUUCACCAAAUAAUAUGGUAACUCAACAUCAACUUUAUCAGCAACAAGUACCAUCAACUAUUAACGUUUCAUCUGCGUAUGUACAACAAGCGAUGUUACAUUCCAACAUGAAUCCACAACAAGCGUUAGUUUCAUCAUAUCAUCCGCCGGUUAAUACUAAUGUUUUGUUUGCGUCAUCAAUGACUAAUCCUACUGUUUCUUCAACACCAAUGUCUGCUACUACCAAGAGAGGUCGCAACGACAUCAGUGGGGUUUCGGAUUCGAAUGCGCAAGAACGACCUCAAUACUAUCAGACAACUCGUAUUUUUAAUGCUCGUAAUACACCUAACAAGCGUCACUGUGGAAUCAACCAGCAGCAAAAGGAAAACUCGUAUCCUUAUCGUUACGAACAAAAUCGUCAAGAACAAUUAAAUCACAAUAUCAUGGAAGGAAGAAACAUCGCAGAAUCAACAUAUGACCAACAACAGCCUUCAAUGGCUGCUUGUCGAUAUGCUACAUCUCGCUUCCCGUUCUCACCUUUUUCGGUAAUCUUCUUGCAUCAAGUUAGGGAAAAAGUCGUUAUCGAUGAUCUAAUGAAACAUGCAAAGGAAAAUUUUCAUUUUGAGUUAAAAACGAUAGCCUAUCGGCGUGGACGUUCAGAAAAUAACGAGUGUCGUAUUUUGGUUUUCGUCGAGAACAGUGAAUCGUUUUCAUUCUUAUAUGAACGUGGCAACUGGCCUACAACAUUAGCUGGACACGAAUUUACAACAAAACGUCCAUCAAUUCCGCCUCAGCUGUCACUUGUAGCAAUCUACGCUCCAGCAAGCAAAUCCUGGGAAUGGGUGGAUUUAUCAUCAUUUAUCACUAAUCGUUGUAUAAUUACAGGUGAUUUCAACAUCGAUAUCGAAAAGGAUGGUGAUAAAGCUGAACGUUUACUCGAAUGGAUAGACACAUGUUCUCUUGGUCCUUUUGUUCCAGAUUCUAAUACAUCUCUUCGAUCGGAUCGUACAAUUGAUUAUGCCUUAGCAGCCGGUAUGAAUCUAUCAAUUCAAACAUCUGAAGAUGACACUUCUAGUGAUCAUAAGCCUCUUCUUAUGGUGCUUGCAUGUGAUACAGUUUUGAAGCUUGAAGGAUCGCGUAUAAUAUGGUCAGUUUUUUCGCUAAUGCUUUCUUAUACAUAUGCAUUCUGGGAAAAAGAAUGGAACUCCGGACCACUUCAAACACGUGUGCUACUGCUCAUUGAACAAAUGUCAUCUUACAUGUCAAAUAGUUCGCCGGUUGCGACAGUCUUCGUUGAUUUUAAAUCUGCAUUUGAUCAACUUUGGUUUGAAGGAUGUCUGGGGAAGUUGAUUCGAAUCGGAAUUCCAAGUAUGUAUGUCAAAUGGAUUCAAGCAUGGUUAAAUGAUCGUCAAGCGACAAUCGAGAUACAAGGUAAAAGAUCGAGAUGGAUCAAUAUUAACAGAGGUGGUCCGCAAGGUUCUAGUUUAACACCAACGUUAUUCAUUACUUAUCAUAGUGAUAUGGCGGAUUUUAUUCCCGGGGCAAUGUCCUUCUUUUUUGCUGAUGAUCUCGCAGCUGUAUUGACGGGACAAAUCGGAUUAAAAUUAACAGAACAAUGUGUUGAUCUGGAACGAAGACUAGAAAAGUUCUUCGAACAACUGGAAUUCUAG